GGGCCUCAUCGGGCUGAGCAGCAACUCCAGCUACUACCUGAAACCCCUGGGGACCCCCGAGCGGGGCCACCACAUCAUCCACCGAGCAGAACACUUGCCCAGCCAAGGUGGGACCUGCGGCCACGGCGAUGAUUUUGGGAGCACCGUGGCUGACAUCGCUCGGUUCUUCCAGCCACUGCACCACCGGGGGAAGAGAGAUGCCUGGAGGACCAUGAAGUACAUGGAGCUCUUCAUUGUUGCCGAUCACACACUGUACAGGAACCAGAACCUCAACCUGGGCCACACCAAGCAGCGCAUCGUGGAGAUCGCAAACUACGUGGACAAGUUUUACAGGUCACUGAAUAUCAAGGUGGCCCUGAUCGGCCUGGAGGUGUGGACGGAGCGGGACCAGUGCACUGUCACCAGCGAUGCCAACGCCACGCUCUGGUCCUUCCUGCAGUGGAAGAAGGCGCUGAGGUCACGCAAGAAGCACGACAACGCCCAGCUGCUGACAGGGAAGACGUUCAGGGGGACAACCAUCGGCAUGGCCCCGUUGGAGGGAAUGUGCAGUGCAGAUAACUCCGGAGGUGUCAGUGUGGACCACUCGGAGCAGCCCGUUGGAGCCGCCGCCACCAUGGCCCACGAAAUCGGCCACAACUUCGGCAUGAGCCACGACACCACGGGCUGCUGCGUGGAGGCCACCCCGGAGCAAGGAGGCUGUGUCAUGGCAGCAGCCACCGGACACCCCUUCCCUCGCGUGUUCAGCUCCUGCAGCAAGAGGCAGCUGGAGAACUACUUCCAGAAGGGAGGUGGCAUGUGUCUCUUCAACCUGCCUGACACCAAGGACCUGGUGGUGGGACGGAAAUGUGGCAACGGCUUUCUGGAGGAAGGAGAAGACUGCGACUGUGGGGAAGUGGAGGAGUGCACCAACCCCUGCUGCAACGCACACAACUGCACACUGAAGGCGGGAGCCCAAUGUGCGCACGGGGACUGCUGCCAGAGCUGCAAGCUAAAGGUGGCCGGGACGAUGUGCAGGGAAGCAGCAGGAUCCUGUGACCUCCCUGAAUACUGCACGGGUGCUUCACCCUACUGCCCGGCCAACGUGUACCUGCUGGAUGGCUCCUCCUGCGCCUAUGGCGAGGCUUACUGCAACAACGGCAUGUGCAUGACCCACCACCAGCAGUGUGUCCAGCUCUGGGGACCAGGUGCCUGGCCAGCCCCGGACGCCUGUUUCCAGGACGUGAACAUGGCCGGCAACACCUACGGCAACUGCGGCAAAGACAGCCAAGGACGCUAUGUCAAAUGCGACAAGAGGGAUGCUAUGUGUGGCAAGAUCCAGUGCCAGAGCUCAGCUAAGAAGCCCCAGGGGACCAACACUGUGUCCAUUGAUACCACCAUCCGUUUCAACGGGCGGGAGGUGAAGUGCCGAGGCACCUACAUGUACACCGCGAAGGACGAUGAGGAAGACCUCUCUGACCCUGGGCUGGUGAUGACGGGGACGAAAUGUGGAGAUGGGAUGGUUUGCAAAGAUCGCCGGUGCCAGAAUGCCUCCCUUUUUGAGCUGGAAAAGUGUGUUUCCCGGUGCAAUGGCCAUGGGGUCUGCAACAGCAACAAGAACUGCCACUGCGAUGCCGGCUGGGGUCCCCCCCACUGUGGGGAGCCUGGCUUGGGGGAUCAUGAAGCCAUCGUAGUAACCCUUCUGCUCAUCUUCCUGCUCUUCCUCCCGGCCCUGAUGAUGACCAUCUACUUUUGGUACCGGCAGGAGAACUCGCUCCUGAAUAAAUGGAUAAAGGAGAUGAGGAGGAGGAGCCAGGAGACAUAUAGGAACAGUCGGAAGUCAACUGGGGGCCACCCCAAAGCUGCUUUCACCUUGCGGAACAUUUCCACCUCCAGCCACGCUAAUAAAGCAACACGGACUGCAUUCCCCCCCAAACCCAACACUCACCAGCCUGGCUCUCAGCCUGUCAAUGUUGUGCACCCUCUUCGCCCAGCUCCCCAUUCCAACCCUUCACGCCCAAGAGACCCCAAGCCUGCCAGGCCACCUCCACCAGUCAGCAAAUCGCCCAUGGUCCCCACCAAAAAGGUCGAAUCCCAGGCUAAGCUGCCGCCUCCAAAGAAACCUCUUCCCUGCAGCCCUGUGAGGACCCCGCUGGUUGCCCCAAAGCACCAGCCCCCUCGACGGCCACUGCCUGGAAGUCCUCUUCUGGCCAAAGAGCUGCCUUCUGCACAUGGACAGACCCUGCUGGUCAUGGUCCCUCCUACCAACUUCAAGGCGUCAGGCACAAGUACCAUGAGCCACACCACGAGGCCGUUAAAACCGAUGCCACCUCAAAGGCCAGUCCCAGCCAUCAAAGGCCACUCAACCUCCUUCUCCUUGAAGAAGUGA